AUGUCUUUGAGAUCAGUCAGCAGUACAUUUGUCCGUAAUUUGAAGCCUGUCAAUGCCACCAGACUUGGUUUAACUACCCCCUGUUUGCGUACAUACGCCACCGAGAAAAAAGCAGCAGUUCAUCCUCCCAGACGUACCUUUCUUCACAACAAGUACAACGACAUUAUUGAAAACAACCGAGUCGUCUUUAUCUUCCAACACAACAACUUGACUGUGAAGGAAUUCACUCACAUCAGACAACAAUUAGGUGAAUUACCUGGUGGAUCUGCUUUACCCAAGCUCACUGUAUUGAAAUCAGGCGUCUUCUCUGCUGCUUUGCGUGAGACUAAAUUCGCCAAUUUGGAGCCCUUGGUGAGUGGACCUACCUGUGUGUUAUCCACCAAUGUGGCCGAUGCAGAACACCCUGAUUUGUUGAAGAAGUCUGUCGAGUUAUUAGCAAAGAACAAAAAGAUGCUCUUAUUGGGUGGUAAAUUGGAUAACGUCUUGUUGACACAGGCUGAUGUCCUGAAGGUUGUUGAAUUGCCUUCUCUUGAACAAUUGAGAGCUCAAGUCGUGGGUGUCAUUGAGGCUCCUGCUCGUAAAUUGUUGGGUACCUUGGAGCAACCUGCCAAUGAGUUGCACAGUGUUUUGGAUAGAAGAAUUUAA